ACACACACACACACACGGCAGCGCUCCGCUGAGUGUCUGAAGUGAGCGGCGACUCCGAGUCCGCUCUGCUUUCCGCUCUGCUUUCCGCUCUGCUCUCGGUUAUUUUCUCACACGGCGCUGGAUUUUCGUCUCUGGAUGGCGAGAACGUCGUAGAGUUUCUAGUUUCUUCUGGAAAGUCCAAAAACUCACCUGCUAAGCCUGAAUCUCCGUCGCCGCGGCUGCGAGCUGUCUGUCUGCCAGCCUGUCUGUCUGCUCCAUCUGUUUACUGCUCAGUGCUCUUCAGGACGGAGUUUUCCGCCUUACUUUACCAUUAACACGGACUUUUCCUCCACCAUCCGAGCCAUGUGACUGUGUUUGGAAGAAGAAGGGGUCUUCACCCAGGAGGACAUGCGUCUGAAGAUGAGCGAGAAUAACUAUCCGCUAGAAGACAGGGACAGGGACCGACUUCCUCCCAUUCUAACCCAUAGUUUGGAUCGUGGACCGAAGCUACCUUUCUCUUCAUAUGGAAGCUUCAUCUCAACCCUAAACCACAAGAGAGAGUCGGGUAGUCACAGCCUGUCCACUCAGCUCCUCUUACCAGCAGUCCGACAAGUGAGAGAACUCCCCCCAAUCUGUCCAGAUGUUAGACAGAAGCAGCGGAUCUCUAUUGACGUUUUGCCUCCGGAAGUUAAAGCUCGCUUUGCCUCAGACCCCAUCAUACCCAUCCGCACCAAAACUGCCAAAGAGUUUCAGGAAGACAUUGAAAAGGCGACUAUCUCAGGUGAUUGGAAGCAAGUCCAUGAUUUCUACUUGACCACAUUUGACUCCUUCUUGGAACUCAAUGCUGCCUUUAAGAAGGAAGCAAAUGCUCCAUACAACACUAUUGAAGACUCAGGAAUAAACACCAAAUUUGUCAAUGCUGUUUAUGAUGCCUUACUUCACACGCCCCCAGACACUCAGAAAUCGGUCCUGAAGGGAAUCAUUAAUAGCUUAUUAAGGGAGUGGAAGGGGCCGAGGACAAAAGAUGACCUGAGGGCUUAUUUCAUUCUUGUACAGAACCCUCAGUACACCAGCACAGCCACAUAUGUCAUCUAUGCACAUUUACUGAGGCAAAUCGCGGCGCUGGCUGAAGCAGACCACCAUUUCCUGAUGCACUGGUUUAAGAAACUAUCUCAGAAGCGUUUUAAGCAGCUGGUGGAACGCCUACAGUUUUUCAUCACCACACGGCUGUUCCCUGCCAAACCAGAGGAGCUGCCGCCCAUGGCCAAGUGCUCAUGGUGGAUCCCGUCUGCCACUAAAGUCCUCUCGCUGCUCAAUGCUGCAAACAGCAUUUCUUCUCCUCCCAUCAUCCCCUUCUCCGAUUUCUAUAAUCUCACACUGGACCACAUCGACUUCAUGGAAGACUACCAGACGUGGCAAGCACAUGGAAAUUCCAACAGGUUCACGUUCUGCCAGUUCCCCUUCAUCCUGUCAACAGUGGUGAAGAAGGCCGUCAUCCAGAGGGACUCUGAGCAGCAGAUGAUCAGCAUGGCCAGGCAAACCCUGGUGGACAAGGUUUCUCGCAGACAGAGGGUGGAUAUGAGUCUGCUCUUUCUCAACAUUAAAGUGAGGCGUCUGCAGCUGGUCAGUGACUCACUGGAUGAGCUUUCGAGAAAGAGAGCAGACUUGAAGAAAAAGCUGAAAGUGACGUUUGUUGGGGAAGCAGGCUUGGACAUGGGCGGACUCACAAAGGAGUGGUUUCUUCUCCUGAUUCGACAGAUUUUUCACACCGACUACGGCAUGUUCACAUAUGUGAAGGAUUCUCAGUGUCACUGGUUCAGCAGCUGGAAGUGUGACAACUGCUCAGAGUUUCGUCUGGUUGGAGCUCUAAUGGGCCUGGCUGUGUAUAACAGCAUCACCCUGGACAUCCGAUUCCCUCCCUGCGUCUAUAAGAAGCUGCUGACCCCUCCCAUCAUGCCGUGUGACCCCGACGCCCCUGUCGGCAUGGCGACCCUCACCCUGGACGACCUGCAGCAGAUCAUGCCUGAUCUUGCUCAUGGCCUUGGGGAGCUGCUCAGUUAUGAGGGAAACGUUGAAGAGGACUUCUAUACAACCUUUCAGGUUUUCCAAGAAGAACUUGGAAUAGUCAAGUCAUAUAACCUGAAACCAGGAGGAGAUAAGAUCCCUGUCACUAACCAGAACAGAAAAGAGUAUGUCCAGCUAUACAUUGAUUUCCUGCUGAAUAAGUCCAUCUACAGGCAGUUUGCAGCCUUCUAUCAUGGCUUUCACAGUGUGUGUGCCUCCAAUGCCCUGAUGCUGUUGAGGCCAGAAGAGGUUGAAAUCCUGGUCUGUGGGAGUCCCAAUCUGGACAUGAGCUCUCUCCAAAGGGUGGCACAGUAUGAAGGCUACAGCAAGACUGACCCCACUGUCCGUGCAUUCUGGGACGUGGUUCUGGCCUUUCCUCUGGAGCUGCAGAAGAGGCUUCUGCACUUCACCACAGGAAGUGAUCGUGUUCCAGUGGGAGGGAUGGCAGACCUCAACUUCAAAAUCUCCAAGAUUGACGUCUCCACAGACUGGUUGCCCGUGUCGCAUACGUGCUUCAACCAGAUCUGCCUGCCUCCCUACAAGAGCAAGAAGGAACUAAGGCAAAAGUUAACCAUUGCCAUUUCAAAUGCUGAGGGCUUUGGCUUGGAGUAAACUGUAAUGGUCCAGUGGAAAAGAUCAUUUCUUUCAUUUCUAUGAAUCAGAAUCUGAACCUUUUCAUUUGCCAAGUAUAAGCAGUUUGUCUUGGUGCAGGUGUUAACAUAAUUUCCAAUAAAAUAUAGUAGAAAUACAUAUUUUCACAUAAAUUUUCUUUAUUUUUAUUGAAAGUUACGUUUAUAGCUGCACUGAGACCCAAGACUUGUACACUUUGGGUCAUUUUCAACUACAUGGGUGGUUGAUAGAUUCUGAUUGUGAUUGAAGUCUUUGAGGUAUAGUAGCUAUUUUUUUGUGUAAGGAAAGCACAUUAGGCCACACUAGAUUUAUGAAUUCCACACUACAGCUAGGCCUGUCACAAUUAUUACAUAAUCAUAUGAUUGCAGUUGUUUGAGCUGACCUCAGUUAUUUUCCACACUUGUUAGCAUUUACAGUCAUAUGUUUACAACAACCAUCAGCUGGGUGAGGCAAAUGCAUGUAAAUAAAGGAAAUCAGAAAGCAUAUUUAUUGAGCCACAUCAUUGGUCUUAGAGAAAAAUAUGUUUUAAGUUCCGAUUUGUGCUAUAACACCUAUAGAGGGCAGCAGUGAGUAAUGUUUGUUUAUUUGAGCUUGAGCUGUUUCUGUCAUCAGUUGGGUACUACUAAAUGUUGGCCGCUAGCCUGAUGGCUAAUCGGCCAGUUUGGCCACUUUGGGCAUGUGCUUUUAAUAGUCGCAAUCAUUGAAAGGACGAUUAAAUUGUUAAUUAAAAUUAUGUAUUUGGGAUUUAAUCAUCACUAAAAUGUUAAUUGUGACAAGCCUAACUGUAGCUAGAUUUGAGGUUUUACUAGCAUUUAGCCAUUAGAUAUGGCUGUGGUGUGAUAGGAUGUGUUGUGCUGUGUAUGUAAUUGUUACUAGGUACUUUUUGUCAUGAACCAGGAUUCUAGGAAGAAUCCAGUUAAUCUAUACUGCAUACCUAGAGGGUUUCGGGUAUCGGACUCAUAUGCAUAUUUGACUGCAUUAUGUACAUCAUAGACCAAACCUUGUGUUAUAUUAGACUAUUUCAUUUCAGUAUGAAUGACACAGAAUAUCAGCAUUUGAUAUGUUUAAGACUUAAAGCAGAAGCCUUCUUGGUAAUGAUGGAGAACUAUGUAAAUGGUUUGUGAGAGCAAACUUCAGUUUUACAACUUCGAGACUGGCUGGCAAGGGAAACGUCUACUAGUGUAAUCCCACAGUGAAGAGGCUGAAAAUAGGCCAGAGAGAGGCUUGCUGUGUGUGAAAAUAGCUUGGCAAACAGUCUGUCACUAGCACUCGGAGUGUUUAAAGUGACAGUACUCCAUCUCCCUGGCCACACUGUCUGGCUGGUAACUUGAAGCCUUUUUGUCAGGCUGUAAUUGAGUCUAAAUAUUCCUCCGCUAUUCCAAUGUAGGGAUGUUAAAGCUGUUAAUGUUUCUGGAAUUGUUUUAGAAAUCGCUUGUGUUCAGAAAUGGUUUUGUUAUGUAUAUAAUAGUGCAAUGUGUUGACGACCCUUUCUUAACCUCUGAAAGGAAAACAACCAUGCUAACGUGUGAUUUUGUGGCCGUUACAGUGACCAUUGUGAUGACUAGCCAUGAUGAGGGCUGUUAGUUUGUACUAGAUUUGUGUUAAGAAGAGAUUGGAUACUGUUGGGAUUAAUUUAUUGUGACUGUCUCAUAACUGGUUUUGUAUCAUUUCUUAACUUGUUAUGUCAAAAAAGAACUAAUGAAAAUCCAAGUGAUGGAAUUAGUGAUGGCAGUUUGUACUGUCAAACUAUCAAACUGUCUGAAGUUGAGCGAUCUUGCUAGUCAGAGAACCUCUCUUGCCUCUUCUCCUGAGUGGCUGAACUUUGGUCGCGUCAUAUAAACUGUUUUUAUCACAACUGUCAAUCACAUUCUUGCAAGCGUUCACUUUAUUGCUUAAUGUCUUGUAUGAGUGAAUACAAAUGUAUUUGCCAUGUAUUUAUUUCAACUUUGCUCAUUCUCAGUGAUUAAAGUUUUACAGCAACACUG